AUGAACGCUCACCUAGCGCAAUGGGCUGGUGCGCAGAAUGUCAGGGGAGACCUUUUAUUGGACUUCGUGGAGCAGAAUCAGCUUCACAUCAUGAAUAUGGUCGAGAUGUGUGAGGGAAGCCACACUAGGGGCCAAGCAGUACUUGACUAUGUACUGUGCAGCGACAGAGCUCGGGAAUAUAUCCGAAGCAUGAGGAUCGAUGAGACUAGGAUCAGGAGCAAAGAACUUUCCGAUCACAACAUGAUCAACUUAGAAAUAGCGCUCCCCGGUGUGUCAGCCCCAGUGAAGGGGAAGAAGUUUGUGGUCAAAACCAACAAGAGCAACAUCGCUGAGCUCACCAGACAGGCAUUGGGAGAUCGACAGGAGAGAGGUGAAAAGGUUGAAAACAGAGACCUUGUAGAGCUCAUCAAGGAACACUCUAGAAUCUCCUCAGAGAAAGUCAAGAUAAAUCAAAAAUAUCCCGAAUGGUCGGUAGAGAUAAGGAGGCUAGACACCAUCCGGAAGGGAAUCAGUCGAGAGCUCAGGCGAGCAAGGAAGUGUAAAGAGGCUGAUUUGGAGGAGAUCAGCCAGAGAUACAGAAAAGCAGUGAGCGAUGUCAACGAACGAAUUGCUAGAGAGACUGCGGACAAGGACAAGAAGAUGUACAACCACAUCACCAGGUGUCCUAGGAAUCAGAGAGCCAAGCGCUUCUGGUCAUAA